AUGGAUCUACAGCUCCCGUUUUUUACCAGCCCAGACCUCGUCUCGGACCCGCUCCCACCGUCCAAUCAUCUCUGGCUCGUCUGGUACUACGCCCCGACCGCCCUGCCCAAGCACUGGGCACUCAUCCUCACCUACGAGGCCGACGACGAGUCCUUUGGAACGUCCUACCAGGUCGAGGAGGCCGGCACCAAGCUGGUGUACAGGAAGGAUCGCGGGGUGCCGCUUCAAGGGCCCCACGGCAUCGCCGCGUACGACGACCGCCUGCUACUGGGCAUGAUCUCAGAUCGCGUCCUCCAGUCGCUCGACGAAUAUUGCGAGACGGCGACAUCGAUGAUCAACGAGUGCAACGAGCAACGAGACGUUGCACAGCAUCUCAACUCAGUCGACUGGUGCCUGCUGCUCAUCCGCUGCCUGGAGGACUCGCGAUUCAUCCCGCGCGGCGCGCUCGAGGCCGCAGAGGGUUGCCCCCGGGUCGAAUAG